AUGGUGUUUGGUAGACACAAGAACAAAGCGCUUGAUUUGUCCUUAAUGGACAGCAAUUACCGCCCACCCGCAGUGGGGGCCGUUCCGCCUCCAGUGCCGCCUCCCCCUGUUGUGGCCUCUCCACCGCGUCCGCGACCGGUUCCACCCAUUCCGGCCCAGAAACCCACCAUCAUCAACAACUACUACUAUGUCUCGCCCUCUGUGUCGGCACCCCACCAGGGCCAGCCCACUCCCAUCCAGCGUCCGGUUAGCCAACAGAAACUGCCAGGUUCACGCAACUCCUCGCUCCACAGCCAAAGACCCGUCUCCAGACCGCCUCCUCGCAUCUCCCGCGAGUCCUCCGAGGAGUCGGACAUCUACUCGUCGCCGUCCCUGGCAAAAUUAGAGCUCCAGCCAAGACUGCCCCAAAUUAAUCUCGACGACCCGUCAGACCCGCCUGUCAACCCACAAACGCCCAAUCUAAUUCGACAGCUGGCCAGAAUCGAGGUCGACUCUGUCUCCGUCCACAAUCGUCAAUUAUAUUCCAUAUUUUCCCAUUUUGGCAAAGAUUCUCUCAACUACGACGACCUAAGACAAUUGCUCUCCAACCCAGAAGGAACCCACUUCAGCUCCGACAGCGCACGCAAACUGUGCAACACGUUCGUCACCACCACUUCUGAUCUUGAAUUCCGCGACUUUAUCCGGCUGUGCAAGUUCGUCAAGGGCUGCUACGACUCGUUCAAGUAUCACGACACUGAUAGAUCUUAUUUCUUGGAGCCGCAGGAAUUCUCCAAGUCGCUCCAAUUCAACAGGAUCUCGUGUCCCGACUACCUGCUUCGCCAGAUAUACCAAAACGCGUCCAGUCUCAACCUCGAGGCCUACAUCCUUGCCGUGGUGCUCAUCCGUAAACACGAACGAGAACAGCACCACGAUCUCUACAGCUGA